AUGUAUUAUUCUGAUCCAAUUUUAAUUAUUAUUGGUACAUUUGUACUUCAUCAAUCACUAUUCUGGAUUGUUAAUGGUAUUAUAUUACUUUUAACGUAUAUUAUUUAUCCAAAUCGUUCAUUGAAAUAUAAAAUUCAAAAGGAUAUUCAUUUAGAUUCAGAAUCAGUUAAAGAAUGUGUAAAAACAGUAUUAAUUAAUCAAUUAUGUGUCCUUUUUCCUUGUCUUAUAUUAAUUUGUCCAUUAUUCAUGCAUUUGAAUCUUCGAUGGCACAUACCAUUUCCUCCAUGGUAUCGAAUUUUAUCCGAAUUACUUUGUUUUAUUGGUGUAACUGAAAUCUUCUUCUAUUACAGUCAUCUUACGCUUCAUACAUCAUAUAUAUAUGAAUAUGUACAUAAAAAACAUCAUCGAUUUCGAGCGCCAAUUGGUAUGGCAUGUGAAUAUGCACAUCCGAUUGAAUUUCUUAUAUCUAAUAUUGGUCCUGUUAUUGCUGGUCCAUUAAUAUUUCAAUCACAUUUGUUAACCACAUGGUUAUGGCUUAGCUUCGCUCUUUUGGGCACAAUAAAUCAUCAUUCCGGAUACAAAUUGCCAGGAAUAUUAGGAAGUGGUCUAUCUAAUCCAACUUUUCACGAUUUUCAUCAUGCACAAUUUACAAAUAAUUUUGGUCUGUUAGGUAUACUAGAUCGGCUUCAUGGAACCGAUAAAGCAUGGCGAGCAAAGAAACUCAAAGAACAACAAUUAAAAAAUAAAGAAUAG